AUGCCCAACUCCUCAAACACGCCCAACCUCUUCCUCCUAUCCACUGCCACCCUCCUCUUUGUGGCUUAUGCCCUUCACAGGCGAAUGCCCAAGCAAACCAACCUCGUCCUCUACGUCCACGACUACUUCAGCGGCGACGCCAAGUCCGCCACCACGGUCGCAGGCAAACUCGGUGCAGCCUCCAACAUUCUGCAGUUCGGCACCAUUGCGGUGGUCGACGAUGUGGUCACUGAAGGGCCUGAAGUGGACUCCAAGGUAAUCGGCCGAGCUCAGGGCUUGUAUGUAAACUCGGCGUUGGAUGGGACGGCGUUAUACAUGGUCUUCUCGGUGACGUUCACCGAGGGGCGGUUCAAGGGAAGCACACUGGAGAUCCAAGGAGCCGAUCCGUUUAAGCUCAGAGAGCGUGAGUUUGGAGUUGUAUCUGGGACUGGGUUCUUUCGGUUUGCUAAGGGAUAUGGUAUCAUGGAGACACAGCACAUGGACGUGGCUAACUUGAGAGCCAUAAUCAAACUCAACAUAACCGUCAGAAAUGACUAGUGUUUGUGAGGCUGGAAGAACAAUAUGUUCCAGUGCCUGCUACGACUACUACUUUUCUCAUUUUAGUCCGGGAGAUGGCAAGGGAACGUAUGAUACGUCGGUUUUCCUAAAGAAGCUCGUAGUUUAAUUUUUGGAUUUAUAUACUUAUUAAGCAAAUGAAAAGUUUGUACAGCCUUCUAAUGACUGU